AUGGCCAUCGGGCGGCUGUGGCGUGAAACUGUUUUCUGUCAGCUGGGCACCAUCGGGGAAGACUCCGACGAGACCUUUUUUCAUAUCGGGUACACUCUCUUUCUCCCUGACGAGACGAAGCCUGUCAUAGGUCGCCCGCCACCCCCGUACCCCCUUGACGAGCUCACGAAGCGUCGCGUCGCCUCCCUCACCCACUGGCUCUCCGAAUCCUGCGCACGCAUCCUCAGUGGCCCCAUGGUAUCCGACAUCGCCCCCUACGGCGGCGAACACCCGAUCCCGGUCUCGGACCGCAAGCUGCGGUGCAUGCUUACGGACCCGUGGCUUGUCAGCCUCGAUCCCGUGCUCGCGACCGCGCUGCACUCCCCCGUGCUCACCGCGCUCCCGUCCGGCUUCGCGCGCACGUGCGCGACGACAUCGCCGUGUCACCCGCUCGCGUGGUGGUCGCCACAGGCGCCAUUGCAGCCGUGCACGCUCCUCGUCCUGUACCGCGCGGACGUCGUCGCUCUCAGCUCGCUCGUCGAGGCCGAGUCGGUCCGGCGCGUGUUUGGGGACCGGCCGACAGCGCCGGUGCCAGGGACGGUGUUCGUGCUCACCGGGCUCGAGUACGUGCACCGCAGCAAGUGCGUGCAGGUCAGGAUGAGCCCCGCGCGGGUGGCACGGACGCGGAAGGAGAAGCGGAGCGCGGUGCUGUGCCGAGACGACGAUGGGUCCCAAAAGCUUAGGGUUUGA